AUGUUCCGGCCGGCGAGAACUUUAUUAUCUACGUUAAAUCGUGUCAAAGAAUGCCGUGCAGUACACGUUGCUAGUCAGAAUUUAGCGGAAAUUACAGAAUAUGAAUCUGUCAUUUCGGACGAGUACAAAAGAGGACCUGCAGAAGGCAGGGCCCUUUAUUUGGAUGCUCAAGCCACUACUCCACUGGACCCACGAGUACUAGAUAAAAUGAUGCCUUAUUUAACAUCACUGUAUGGAAAUCCACAUUCCAGAACCCAUAUGUAUGGGUGGGAAACAGAAGCUGCUGUAGAAGUUGCUAGAAAACAAGUAGCAAAUUUAAUUGGUGCUGAUAGCAAGGAAAUUAUAUUUACAUCUGGUGCAACAGAAUGUAAUAAUAUAGCAGUAAAAGGUAUAGCAAGGUUCUACAAAGGAAAAAAGAAUCAUAUUGUGACAACCCAGAUAGAGCACAAAUGUGUAUUAGAUUCCUGUAGAGCCUUGCAGGCAGAAGGCUUUGAAGUAACUUAUAUUCCAGUAAAUCCAAAAGGCCUUAUUGAUAUAAAUCAACUAGAAGAUGCAAUUAAACCAACUACUUCUUUAGUUUCUGUUAUGAUGGUAAAUAAUGAAAUUGGUGUGCAACAGCCUAUUGCAGAAAUUGGUGCUAUUUGUAGGAAGAAGAAGGUGUUCUUUCACACAGAUGCAGCUCAAGCAAUUGGCAAAAUUCCAAUUGAUGUUAAUGCUAUGAAUAUUGACUUAAUGUCUAUUAGUAGUCACAAACUAUAUGGUCCAAAAGGAGUUGGAGCUUUAUUUGUGAGGAGAAGACCAAGGGUACGUGUAGAACCAAUUCAAAGUGGUGGUGGCCAAGAAAGGGGUAUGAGGAGUGGUACUGUUCCAACAGCUUUAGCAGUAGGUCUAGGAGCAGCUUGUAAUUUGGCACAAACAGAAAUGGAGUAUGAUCAUAAAUAUAUCACAAUGCUUUCGAAUCAUUUGAUCGAUAAAAUAAUGACAAAUUUGCCACACGUUAUACGAAACGGAGAUGAAGUAGCUUGGUAUCCUGGAUGUGUGAAUUUAUCCUUUGCAUAUGUAGAAGGUGAAUCUUUAUUAAUGGCCUUAAAAAAUAUUGCUUUGAGCAGCGGUUCUGCUUGUACUAGCGCAAGUUUAGAGCCUAGUUACGUAUUAAGGGCAAUUGGAACAUCAGAAGAUCUCGCACAUUCCAGUAUUAGAUUUGGUAUUGGUCGUUUUACAACUCUCGAAGAGGUUGAUUAUACUGCUGAACAUACGAUUCGGCAUGUUAAAAGACUUCGAGAAAUGAGUCCAUUAUGGGAAAUGGUUCAAGAGGGAAUUGAUUUGAAAACUAUCAAAUGGACUCAGCACUAGUGGCUUUUUGCCAUAUAUCCUUAACUAUUUCAUUAUGUAGAUAGUGUGGAUUAAAUGAUACUGACCGUAAGUCACAGAAAUAGAUGAAGCCUAAUUAAGUAAAAUCGUUUUCAUUGUGUAAUAAAUGUUUAUUUAAAAUCAGUUGCUUUGGCAAUUUUUAGGUCUGACUAUAAUUGUAUAUCAAUUUUUUAUGAAUAUUCCCCCAGUCCCCUCAUUUUUUACCUUAUGAUACUUUCCCUCAUAGGAAAGUGUCAUUACAACUAUUUGAUAUAAAAAGAUACCUUAAUUCUUCACACCUUAUAAUUGUGUGUUAAGUAGUUUCAAGUUAU